GGAGUCAAGGCUGUGGCAAGCCCUCUACCCGCUGAGCUGCUUCCCAGCCCAGUUUCCUGUUCGCCUUAUGUAGCACUUGAUUGGCCAAGAACUCGCUUGAACACAGAGAUCUGUUUGCCUCUGCUUCCCAAGUGCUGGUGUUUUUAGGCAGCUUCAAGCUGGCUUGAUGACCCAAGUUUGAGCCCCAGAACCUGUGUAAAAGAAGUCGGACACAAUUCACAUCCAUGAUCUCAACACUCCUGAGGCAGAAUGGGAGGAGGUUUAAAUAGCAGAGUAAAAUCAAGCUGGUAACCAUGGCUGAAGGAGGAUUUGAUCCCUGUGAAUGUAUUUGCUCUCACGAACAUGCUAUGAGAAGACUCAUCAAUCUGCUCCGGCAGUCCCAGUCCUACUGCACCGACACAGAAUGCCUUCGGGAGUUGCCAGGACCCUCCAAUGACAGUGGCAUCAGCAUCACUGUGAUCCUGAUGGCCUGGAUGGUGAUCGCCAUGCUCCUCUUCCUACUGAGGCCUCCUAACCUGAGGGGCUCCAGCCUUCCUGGGAAGCCCUCCAGUCCUCACAGUGGACAGGACCCGCCAGCCCCUCCAGUGGACUAACGUCCUGGCGUGGGAAGCAGCGAUUGUUUAACACCCUGCACGACCGAACGACUGAAGAUGACCAGGCACUAACUGUCUCCUUUUCCAUCUGCAGUUUGGAUGGUAUUGUUUUCAUGAGCUUCUAGAAAUUUCACUUGCCAACUGCCUUUUGCUUCCUGUGUUGCCACAGUCUUUAUUUACAGUAUACCUGAGUAAAUGAUUCUAUUGAAAAGUCGAGGACUUUGUUGGUUAGCCUAAGCUUAAACAUUCCACUCGUCCUCCCUGGAACCCUGACCGUCUGUGGUGGCUUCCGGCCCAGCUGAGGGAAAAUGGAGAUUUCUGCAUUUAACUAUUUUAAGUGGUUUUGAUAGAUUUUAAUUCUUUUCAUAAGGUAUUUAUUUGGGGUUGUCUGGUAUGAGUGACAGAGCCAUGCUGUAGUUACUUUACUGUGGCAGUUUAUCCGUGGGUGGCAGUUUUCUGUAUCCUUGGGACAGUGACACUUUCGAGCAUCUCCUUACAACCUCCAGCUGGCUCACAUGGCUAGAAUAGGGAAAGCAAAUGGGUUAUUUACUAAUUUUUUUUUAAUUUCCAUUAAAAUUUUCUGAUGUUAAGAAUACUUUAAAUAAACAUGAUUGAUUAAUAUAGUGGUUGGUUUACAAUCCGUUGUGUGUCAUUGAAAGCCACUGUAUGCUAGCCUUACUCGGCUCAUGAUACUUGUUUUGAAGUGAGUGUCUCUGCAGCAAGCUUCUCUUCCAUUCUAACACUGGUAAAAUGAAAUCAUCUGUAUGUGGGGCUGACAGUUUCAUACCCGUGGCUUAAUUUCAUACCUUUUUUUUUUAAUUUAAAAAAAUGAGUCUUUUGCUGCCCUUCUGACUGAUGAGGAGAAAAGCCUUUAAUCUGAGGUCUCAGUUUAUUCCAAGGGAAAGGAGGAAAAUGACAAACGAGAAUAUUUUUGUCACCUCUCAGCUCAAUUCUGUUUCAUAGUGGGACGCCGAUGCAUCCAAGCUGGAAGGAACAUUGGUAACUGAGAUUUCAAAAUGUGUUUAGCCAGUCAGGGCUCAAAAGCAGUGACUACAGACUGCAUUAAACAGGCCCGGAUGGCCUGGACUCUUCCCUCCGAGGAAUCACUGCAGGGGACUUGUCGGGGCCAGAACAUAUUUUGUUAUCAAGACUCCUCGGACAGUCUAGGCUGCCAGUGUACAGAGCUGAGACGCCGUUUGUGUGAACUAAAUAAACGUCUACCACACUGCA